AUCCAGGACAUCAGAGUGGAGACGGAGGAUAACAAGGAGAAGAAGUCGGCUAAAGAUGCCCUGCUGCUCUGGUGCCAGAUGAAGACCGCAGGGUGAGUGACUACACCACCACCAGCCUGAAGCCUACUGUAUUCUAUUAUAGUGCACAGUUUGCAGAAUAAUCCUUGGGGGUAUUCCAGAAAGAUGGUUUAACAAAUUCAGGAUUCCCUGAACAUAUCCGGCUUCUCUUAAACAGAUAAGGGAGUCCAGGAUUUCUUCCAGUGGCAAAAAAUCUCAAAGCAAUACACAGAGUUUGUAUAGCAGUCAAAUCGAAACCGCGUUGGGUUACAUUGCUAUGGUUGAAGUUGGACAGAUAUGAUUUAUUGUGCAGAAAAACUAUAACGUUCCAAAAUAAGAUCUUCUGAAUGAUCUAAAGGAUCUAUUCGAGGUCCAGUAAUUAGUUCCCUUUGUAAUGCACAGCGAACAAUGCAGGCUCCGAUGUCAAUUGGAUUUUCCGUUUCUGUGAAGGGACCAGUCAUAGUGACGGACAAGAAUCUGAUUGGCGGAGAAGCCCCGUCUUUAUUCACCAGGAUAGGCUAAAAUCAAGUGCAAAAUAAUUACAAUAGUAUUAACACUGGAAUGCUAGAUGUGCAAGAGAUUAUGUGCAAAUAGAGAUACUGGGGUGCAAAAUAGCAAAAUAAAUAACAAUAUAGGGAUGAGGUAGUUGGGUGGGCUAAUUUCAGAUGGGCUGUGUACAGGUGCAGUGAUCGGUAAGGUGCUCUGACAACUGAUGCUUAAAGUUAGUGAGGGAGAUAAGAGUCUCCAGCUUCAGAGAUUUUUGCAAUUCGUUCCAGUCAUUGGCAGCAGAGAACUGGAAGGAAUGGCGGCCAAAGGAGGUGUUGGCUUUGGGAAUGACCAGUGAGAUAUACCUGCUGGAGCGCAGACUACGGGUGGGUGCUGCUAUGGUGACCAAUGAGCUAAGAUAAGGCGGGGGAUUUGCCUAGCAGUGAUUUAUAGAUGGCCUGGAGCCAGUGGGUUUGACGACGAACAUGUAGUGAGGACCAGCCAACAAGAGCGUACAGGUCACAGUGGUGGGUAGCGUAUGGGGCUUUGGAGACAAAAAAGGAUGGCACUGUGAUAGACUACAUCCAAUUUGCUGAGUAGAGUGUUGGAGGCUAUUUUGUAAAUGACAUCGCCGAAGUCAAGGAUCGGUAGGAUAGUCAGUUUUACGAGGGCAUGUUUGGCAGCAUGAGUGAAGGAGGCUUUGUUGCGAAAUAGGAAGCCGAUUCUGGAUUUAACUUUGGAUUGGAGAUUCUUUAUGUGAGUCUGGAAGGAGAGUUUACAGUCUAACCAGACACCUAGGUAUUUGUAGUUGUCCACAUACUCUAGGUCAGGCCCGUCAAGAGUGGUGAUUCUAGUCGGGUGGGCGGGUGCCAGCAGCGUUCGAUUGAAAAGCAUGCAUUUAGUUUUACUAGUGUUUAAGAGCAGUUGGAGGCUACUGAAGGAGUGUUGUAUGGCAUUGAAGCUCGUUUGGAGGUUUGUUAACACAGUGUCCAAUGAAGGGCCAGAUGUAUACAAAAUGGUGUCGUCUGCGUAGAGGUGGAUCUGAACCUAGUAAGUAGCAAGUUUGCUUCAGAGCAUUCAUUGCCAUGGUGUCUGAUCAGGCUAUAUGUCAAGCUCUCUUUCUGGAACCGGAAAUUCUGAGGUUGCUCAAAUUCUGAUUUGACAGAUCUGGCAAACUCACUAAUAUGGCUUUCUGGAAUAUCCCUCUGGUCAACAGAUUAUGGUCUACAGUUUGUGAUCUAAAAUAUCAACAGCAUCAAGGGUAUAUGUGAGGAACAUAUUUUUGUAAAUAUAGUGUAUGUGGACACCCCUUCAAAUUAGUGGAUUCGGCUAUUUCAGCCACACCCGUUGCUGACGGGUGUAUCAAAUUGAGCACACAGCCAUGCAAUCUCCAUUGACAAACAUUGGCAGUAGAAUGGCCUUACUGAAGAGCUCAGUGACUUUCAACAUGGCACCGUCAGAGGAUGCCACCUUUCCAACAAGUCAGUUCGUCAAAUUUCUGCCCUGCUAGAGCUGCCCUGGUCAACUGUAAGUGCUGUUAUUGUGAAGUGGAAACGUCUAGGUGCAACAACGGCUCAGACGUGAAGUGGUAGGCCAUACAAGCUCACAGAACGGGACCGCUGAGUGCUGAAGCGCGUUAAAAUUGUCUGCCCUCGGUUGCAACACCCACUACCGAGUUCCAAACUGCCUCUGGAAGCAACGUCAGCACACAAACUGUUCGUCGGGGGCUUCAUGGCCCCGCAGCCGCCAAGUGUUGACUGGAGGAUUGUAAAGCUCGCCGCCAUUGGACUCUGGAGCAGUGGAAGUGCGUUCUCUGGAGUGAUGAAUCACACUUCACCAUCUGGCAGUCCGAUGGACGAAUCUGGGUUUGUCGGAUGCCAGGAGAACUCUACCUGCCCCAAUGCAUAGUGCCAACUGUAAAGUUUGGUGGACAAGGAAUAAUGGUCUGGGGCUGUUUUUCAUGGUUCGGGCUAGGCCCCUUAGUUCCAGUGAAGGGAAAUCUUAACGCUACAGCAUACAAUGACAUUCUAGACGAUUCUGUGCUUCCAACUUUGUGGCAACAGUUUGGGGAAGGCCCUUUCCUGUUUUAGCAUGACAAUGCCCCCGUGCACAAAGCGAGAUCCGUACAGAAAUGGUUUGUCGAGAUCGGUGUGGAAGAACAUGACUGGCCUGCACAGAGCCCUGACCUCAAUCCCAUCGAACAUAUUUGGGAUGAAUUGGAACGCACACUGAGAGCCACGCCUAAUCGCCAAACAUCAGUGCCCGACCUAACUAACUGAAUGGAAGCAAGUCCCUGCAGCAAUGUUCCAACAUCUAGAGGAAAGCCUUCCCAGAAGAGUGGAGGCUGUUAUAGCAGUAAAGGGGGGACCAACUCCAUAUUAAUGCCCAUGAUUGUGGAAUGAGAUGUUUGAUGAGCAGGUGUCCACAUACCUUUGGUCAUGUAGUGUAUAUAGAACAAUUUGGCCUAUCCCAUGUAUUUACGGGUGAGUCACAGCCGUCUCAGGCAUCACAUGGCCUUGAAAGAAAAGCAUCAGAGAUAUUUCACAAUCAAUGCUGUGUUUAGCACAAUUGAUUUGAUUCAUUUGAAUUCAUUUCAUUCAUUGAAACUGAAGAGGAUCUGUAGAGGAGCACAGGGAGGACAGCAGAACAGAUAAAGGGUUGUUCCACCUCAAAAAAACAUAAGAAAGAGGAUUUCAACACCCACCAUCAGAGAUUGUUCUGAAAAUGUUUCUGUAAUUUGUAACAGAUAUGAUUAGCAUUCGUGAAACAUUAUUUUGUUUAAAUAUAAUUUGAUCUCUGAGAAAUUAAGCUAAUUGAUUGCACCCAAAUUGGCCAUUUUUUAAUUUAUAGGAUUCAGAUAAUAUUCAAUAAAUUAGUACCCAACAUCUGAUUUGGACCAAACUUCUUCCUACCAAUGAGUACGACAUGGUCAAAAGCCACCCACGGACCCCCCACACCCCAUGCCAAUCCCACCCCAACAACCAGUAUACAGUAUCAGUGUUUGACAAGUAGUAUGAAGCUGUGGCUUGCAGUAUUGCUUCUCCAUGCUAUGUAAUGUAUUCCCUGUGAAUCUGGUGAUGGUUUUGUAGUCGCUUGCAUUAUUUACCAUAAAGUAGUGUGAAAGUACCAGGUUUUGACCACUAUAUGCUGCUGUUCUUGCUAUGUUCACACAGUUUUAUCCAUUUUGCUGGUCUCUUGUGUUUAUUAAAUGGAUCACAACAUUUCCUUUGCAACUUUGGGUUCUAAACCAAUAGAUUUGGCUCAUUAUGAAAAUAAAAAGCCAGUCAUCCAUGGAAACAAUUCAGUUUGUCCUUCUCUUAGCAACCUAAUGCAUCAACCCAACUCACCCUGAAUAGUCCAAGUGGCCGCUUUCUAAAAGGUCUAUCCCUAGGGACUAUCACUAGGGGCUAAAAUGUUGUGACAACCCUAAUAAAAUAAAUAAUUGCAUGGCAGUCUUAUGUUUUUUAAAUAAAAGUAUCAGGAAACAGCUCUAUAUGUGUUGUGAUUAGUGCUAUUUACCAUUAAACCCAACACAACCCAAUACCAAUUGUAAGACACUAUGCAGUGUGUGUUAUUUAUUCCUAACCAAGUCUCAAGUCUUAACCUUUGAGUCUUGAGUCAAGUCACAAGUAAUAAUGGGCAAGUCUCAAGUAAAGUCCCAAGUUCCACAGCUCAGGUUGAGUCAAGUCCUCAAGGCAAUUUCAAUGCAUCAGUGAUUUUGGACCCAUAUGUUUUACGAACUGCAUCCCUUGUUUCCCCCUCUACCACAUAGUCUUUGAAACCGAAUGCAACGAUUUUUGGGACCGAUGAUGCCCUAAUACAGAGGUGGCACCACAGGUCCCAGAGUGGUGGGGCAAAUUGUUUUCCCUGGUGCCUGGAGCCUUUCCUAAUCUGGUAACCUAACCAGGUAUAAAUCAGGACCCUAUAUGGUCUGACAGUGAUUCAUUAGUAGUUGUAAAAAUGUAUUUAUAAGGGCAAUGAUGGGAGUGGGACCAGAUUGACAUUUUAGUCAUUUAGCAGACGUUCUUAUCCAGAGCAAUUAGGGUUAAGUGCCUUGCUCAAGGGCACAUCUGCAGGUUUUUCACCUAGUCAGCUCUAGGAUUCAACCAUUGACCUUUCAGUUAAUGGCCCAAUGCUCUUAACCACUAGGCUACCUGCCGCCUAGGUAUACAGAUAUGUUCUAAACAGGUCACAUGAUUUUAAAGAAAUUCUAGAAAAACUCCUGGCCCUAGGGAGGAUGAAAACCCUGUCAAACUGCAGCAACCUUGUACUUGUUAAUAUGAAUUAUAUUUUAAAAUUAGACUUUCCUUUACACAGACACAACCACUGCAAUUGGACAAUGAACUCACAGGGCUGAGCUUGCUUUAUGCAGGUUUGCAUCAUAUAAGCCUAUGUAACUGCAAAUAAAAAGUAACUCAGUCUAUUUAUGUAAUCAGUAUUGUGUUGUUUGAUUAAUUUCAGUUAAUAAUUUUGGAUUAUAAAGGUCAAAGUAGCCUAGCCAGCCAGCCCAAGUUUGAAUAUAGCCUAAACCAAAAUUGAUCACAUUCACAUUUUCUCCUAACACAAAUAUAUGGACUAUAAAUAGGCUACAUAACAUUACCAUUUUGUUUACCCUGGCCAGAGGGCAAGACGGCACAGGGCGCAUUGGUUGUACCCUAUGCAGCUGCAGUAGUUAUCAGUAGCCUAGUUGAUCAGACUGAGAAAUCGUCUCGUUUUCCUCCCAUACAGUAUAGGUGUAGGCAGCUGCAACAUUUCUGUGAAGAGUUCUUGCAUGUGUAUGUCGGGAGUGAUGUGUUAUCAAUUUGCUAAAUAAAUACCGGAGUUCAGUGGAGCAGCACGCGCUUUGGUAGAUGACAUGCUUUGUGCCUGCCUGCGCGACAUGUGAUUUCCGUGAAUCUGAUUGGUCAAGACACAGAACAGAAUGACCAGAACCUACACACACAGAUAAGCUUACAUAGUGCGCGAGAUGACAAAUCAAGUCUCUAGUCAUACAGUUCAAGUCCAAUAUAAGUCAUAGAUGCUGAAGUCGAGUGGCAAGUGUUUUUUCCUUUUACCAAGUGAUGUCUCAAAUCGCAAAAUUUGUCACGUGACUCGAGUCCACAACUCUGGUUUUUUACCAUUGAAGACCAUUAGAGACCAUAACAUUGAAACCAUUAGAACUGCUGUAGCCUAUUGGUUUGCUUGUUGACCAGGAAUGGUCCAAUAGUAACUAAUACAGACCUUUUUUUAAGGGAAUAAACCACACACAAAGGGGCCAUUUCCUUGACACAGAUUAAGAGUAAAAGAAAGACAAACUGAUUUGCUUUCAUGGAGGACUGUCUUGAAUUGUUAGGAAGACCACACCAUUUAUUUUCAUCAUGAGCCAAAUCUAUUGGUUUUCUACCAAAAAUUGCAAAGGAAAUGUUGUGACAUGAGAGCAGCAAAAUUGAUAAAAUACUUUGGUGGUAUAGCAAGACCAGCGGCAUCUCGUGGUCAAAACCUGGUACUUUCACACUACUUUACGGUAAAUAAUGCAAGUGACCUCAACUACGAAUUUCUCUGAAUAGGGAUAAAAAAAAUAUCACCAGAUUCCCAGGUAAUACAUUACAUAGUAUGGAGAAGCAAUACUCCAAGCCGCAGCUUCAUACUACUUGUCAAACAUAGAGAACUGAUACAGUAUACUAGUUGUUGGGGUGGGAUUGGCAUGGGGUGUGGGUGGUCCGUAGGUGGAUUUUGACAAUUUUGGGGGAUUCCUCAUGUCUUAUAGACUGCGACUCACACUCAAUUUUUCCGCUGCUCUGUCGUUCGCUACAUACUUUAGUCUGAGACUGCCAUCAUAGAAGUUGUUUGUGGUGAUGAGGGCACGAGGGGUGUUAUACAAAACAAAGUUUGGAUCGUCUCUAACCAAUCAGAGUAUCAAACCCGAUGACACAUUUUCAAACCGCCGCUUUACCCACAUGUGUUCUGGCCCAACCCAUCGGUUUCUGGACCAAUCAGACGGCCCCGAAUGUGUUCGCAUUCUGUGAAGGGUUGUUGAGGUACUCGAAUCCAGACCCAUUGCGGAGAAGAAACUAACGUCCGUGGGUGUGGCGUAGCAUUUGGCAGGAGUCUGGGCAAGGAGUCUGUGCAGCCAGGCAACAUGUCUUACUCAUUGGUAGGAAGAAGUUUGGUCCAAAUCGGAUGUUGGGUACUAUAUUUACUGAAUAUUAUCUGAAUCCUAUAAAUUAAAAUGGCCAAUUUGGGUGCAAUCAAUUAGCUUAAUUUCUCAGAGAACAAAAUAAUGUUUCAGGAAUGCCAGUCUUAUCUGUUUCUAACUACAGAAACUAUUUCAGAACAAUCUGAGAUGGUGGGUGUCCCGGCUUGCUGAAAUGACAUGGAACGACUCUGAAAUCACAGCGAGGGUGUCACAUCAGACAUCACGGCCUAAAUGUCAGGCUGUUUAGAACAUCAGCAGCACUAACAGCCCUGGGCUACAUGCUGAAUAAGUCAAUUCACUCAUUAACAAAGCUAACACUGCUAAUGCCCAGCUUCAAAUAGAACAUGACACAUCAGGGUCAAAUCACUUUAGUUAAACAGAUGCUUAAUAAAGAGAGGCACUGUGUUUGGUGUCAGGUGGAACAUAUUUGGAACAUACAGUAAGUGGAACAAAUUUUGAAAAUCCAUCUAUUUAAUUGAUGAGGGAAUUGGAGGCAGGAGAUUUGAUUAGAUUAUUAUUAUUAGAUGUUUGAUGUUCUUCAAAGGUCUCACCAAAUUGCCACAAAAGACUUGUUGAUAGACAAUGUGAGUUUGUUGUUUAGUAAACAGUAGGCUCAUACACAAGCAACAUAGAGAGCAAUAGUAAUGGCGUCUUUUUGUAGGCACUAACUUCACCAUGGUUUGUUGGGCAAAGCCUAUGGGCAAAUGUUUUUGUAGGGUUUUUGGAUAAACGCGAAAAUAAGGUCUGUGAUAAACACAGGCUUAGGAGAUUUACAUUUACAUUUUAGUCAUUUAGCAGACGCUCUUAACCAGAGCGACUUACAGGAGCAAUUAGGGUUAAGUGCCUUGCUCAAGGGCACAUUAACGUCAUUUAGCAGACGCUCUUAGCCAGAGCGACUCACAAAUUGGUGCGUUCACCCUAUAGCCAGUGGGAUAACCACUUUACAAUUUGGGGGGGGGGGGGGGGGGGGGGGUUAGAAGGAAUACUUUAGCCUAUCCCAGGUAUUCCUUAAAGAGGUGGGGUUUCAAAUGUCUCCGGAAGGUGGUGAGUGACUCCGCUGUCCUGGCGUCGUGAGGGAGCUUGUUCCACCAUUGGGGUGCCAGAGCAGCGAACAGUUUUGACUGGGCUGAGCGGGAGCUGUGCUUCCGCAGAGGAAGGGGAGCCAGCAGGCCAGAGGUGGAUGAACGCAAUGUCCUCGUUUGGGUGUAGGGACUGAUCAGAGCCUGAAGGUACAGGGGUGCCGUUCCCCUCACUGCUCCAAAGGCAAGCACCAUGGUCUUGUAGCGGAUGCGAGCUUCAAUUGGAAGCCAGUGGAGUGUGCGGAGGAGGGGGGGUGACGUGAGAGAACUUGGGAAGGUUGAACACCAGACGGGCUGCGGCAUUCUGGAUGAGUUGUAGGGGUUUAAUGGCACAGGCAGGGAGCCCAGCCAACAGCGAGUUGCAGUAGUCCAGACGGGAGAUGACAAGUGCCUGGACCAGGACCUGCGCCGCUUCCUGUGUAAGGCAGGGUCGUACUCUCCGAAUGUUGUAGAGCAUGAACCUGCAGGAGCGGGUCACCGCCUUGAUGUUGGCUCUUAUACUGAACAAAAAUAUGAAUGCAACAUGCAACAAUUUCAAAGAUUUUACUGAGUUACAGUUCAUAUAUAGAAAUUAGUCAAUUGAAGUAAAUUCAUUAGGCCCUAAUCUAUGGAUUUCACAUGACUGGGCAAGGGUGCAGCCACGAGUGUGCCUGGGAGGGCAUAGGCCCACCCACUUGGGAGCCAGGCCCACCCACUGGGGAGCCAGGCCCAGCCAAUCAGAAUUAGUUUUCCCCCACAAAAGGGCUUUAUUAUAGACAGAAAUAUGCCUCAGCACCCCCUCAGAUGAUCCCACAGGUGAAGAAGCCAGAUGUGGAGGUCCUGGGCUGGCAUGGUUACACGUGGUCUGAGGUUGUGAGACCGGUUUAACAUAAUGCCAAAUUCUCUAAAACAAUGUUGGAGGUGGCUUAUGGUAGAGAAACAAACAUUCAAUUAUCUGGCAACAGCUUUGGUGGACAUUCCUGCAGUCAGCAUGCCAAUUGCCCAUUCCCUCAAAACUUGGGACAUCUGUGGUGUUGUGUGACGAAACUGCACAUUUUAGAGUGGCCUUUUAUUGUCCCCAGCACAAGGUGCACCUGUGUAAUGAUCAUGCUGUUUAAUUAGCUUCUUGAUAUGCCACACCUGUCAGGUGGAUGGAUUAUCUUGGCAAAGGAGAAGUGCUCACCAACAGGGAUGUAAACAAAUUUGUGCUAAACAUUUGAGAGAAAUAAGCUUUUUGUGCAUAUGGACAAUUUCUGGGAUCUUUUAUUUCAGCUCAUAAAGCAUGGGACCAACACUUUACAUGUUGCGUUUAUGUUUUUGUUCAGUAUAUAUGUUUUGUUCCAUGAGAUCAGCUAAUGCACAUUUUUGUGAAUUUUGAAGCAUUUAUGUAAUUUUAAAAAGCCCAUAAAGCCCAUAAAAGGCUUCAUAAUUCAUAAAGGUCAUGUUAACUGACUGAUAUUAUCUCACAGAACAAAACGUAUAAGACCUCAGACCUUAUUUUCGGUUUUUAUCCCAAAACCCUAUUCUUUCCCCAUUCAUUUUCCCCAUAGGAAUGGCUGAACGAACCAGAGGUAACUCAUUUCCAUUUUUUACGACUACAAGCUGGCAAGCUCUAUUUCCCUAACCUAUGUUUUCUGUCUGUUUUCCAGAUAUCCCAAUGUAAACAUUCACAAUUUCAGCACCAGUUGGAGGGAUGGCAUGGCCUUCAACGCCAUCCUCCACAAACACAGACCUGACCUGAUAGACUUUGACAAGCUGAAAAAGUCAAAUGCCCACCACAACCUGCAGAAUGCCUUCAACCUGGCAGAGCAACACCUGGGCCUCCACAAGCUACUGGACGUAGAGGGUUAGUACAGAGAACACACAUGCAAACACACAUAAUCACACACACGCGCAUACAUUCAUGCAUGCACACACACAUGGUCUGGUGAAAACAACGCACACAGUGUACAGAACAGUAGGAGGGUGGAGGAGGAGGUGCUUACACUGCUGAAGCAUACUGUACUCUAGCCCUGCCUCUCGUCCAUCUGGCAGUGUUUUAUGCCAUUAUGACAGUACAUUUAUACCCAGACAUUUUCACCUGACACCCAGUUAUGCCCUUACAGUAUGCCAUAUUAUCCCAGUAUGAAUACAUGGAAACCUUACAACUGUUACUACUGUACAACGCUUACAGAAACCACAUCAUGUGUAUUUUGACAGGCCGACAGCCCCAUUAUAGGAGGGUGACAGAUACAAACAGAAAGGCAACAUUCACCGCUGGAGCUCUUUCUUUUCAAGCGUGGCAGAGUAAUGGCUGUGUUAAAUAUUUAGUAAGUGGUGGUUCUGAGAUCUCAGCAUGCUUUCUCAAGGCCUGCAGUAUGGGGAACAAAGAGAUGAAGGCGUGAGAAUGCUCCCGAGCAUUGUUCUGACGGAAAAUAGCAGCCCCUCUACUCCGACUGCCUCCCUCUAAACAUGGCUACUAAAUCAAUUUCCCCUCAAAUAAAUUCAAAUUUUCUCAGCAGAGCAGCGGGGAAGCCAAGCCCUCUGUUGAUGUCUGUAGAUUAGGGAAACAUGGGGUAGUCAAAGCCAUUUGUGUCUGACUCUUAUUGUGUGUGGGUGCGUGUUUGUUACCUCUACAGAUAUCAGUGUGGACCACCCUGAUGAGAAGUCCAUCAUCACCUAUGUUGUGACCUACUACCACUACUUCUCCAAGAUGAAGGCCCUGAAGGUGGAGGGCAAACGUAUUGGGAAGGUGAGGCCUCAGAGUUCACAUUUCCAACAACCUGGAUCACAAGAGAACAAAGUAUCCUGUCCUGUACUUCUCCAAGCACACUCAUUCUCUUUACUUUAUGGCCUUAUAUUUUAACUUUCUCACCGAUGUAGCUGUAAUCAGUAUAUAAUGUAUGUACUGUUAUACUGAUUCACCACCUUCAUCUCCCAGGUGCUGGACAAUGCCAUUGAGACCGAUAACAUGAUUCAGAAAUAUGAGAGUCUGGCCUCUGACCUCCUGGAAUGGAUUGAACAGACCAUCAUCAUCCUCAACAACCGCAGGUUUGCCAACUCCCUAGUGGGAGUGCAGCAACAGCUCCAGGCCUUCAACACCUACCGUACUGUCGAAAAGCCGCCCAAGUGAGUUACACACAUACACUUACAUGGCAGAAUUAAAAAGUCUUACACCAUAUCCUCCACCUAUUUCCCACACAGCAGCUUUACUUGUAAUUUACUGUAACAUUACAGUAUCUAUUCCCAGAAUUGACUCACCAAGGACAACACUGAAACUAUCAGGGAUUCUAGAUGUGUACCCUAUUACUCAUUAACAGUUGUAUCUGAUUCAUAGCUGUAAUUUGUGGGAACUAUUUCCUCUUGGUUCUGAGUAACGUCAAAGAAAAGAGAAACCUGCACACUGCUCUUGCUAGUAUCACUUUUUUUAUUCAAGCUUCGUGUCAGCCUCUUGGGCUUGGCAUUCGUAAGAGCUUUUUUCAGAAUAUUUUCUUUUUAUUCUGAGAAGUGGCUAAAAGCAAAGCUUGCUUAGACAGAUGUUUCAGCCUGUUGAAAUGGACUCUGACACCAUUUCCACUGAGGCAACAAUGUCACCCCUACUGCUUACAAAAUACCUCUCCCUCUGUGGCCUACUGGCCUUGGAUCAGGGCUGAAAAAAUAAUGCUUAUCUUUAUGUUGACCGAUGGAGCUGCAUGGCUCAACGCAAAAGUAAAAAAGCCACCAGCCAUUGGGGAGAUUAGCCAAAUUCCACUCAGUCUCCCCUCAGUAAGGUUUACACUCAACAUUAAAAUUGUUUCUGUUUCUGUCAGGUUCACUGAGAAGGGCAACCUGGAGGUUCUCCUCUUCACCAUCCAGAGCAAGAUGAGGGCCAACAAUCAGAAGGUCUACAUCCCACGGGACGGCAAACUCAUCUCAGACAUCAACAAGGUGAGACCUAGUGCUCCUUAAAGAACAGGCUUAUCUCAGCGGCCUGGUCUAAACGAACACUCAGAAACCCAUUAUGUGGUGUCCUCGAUUAGGUUAGAAUGGAUUAAGGUGAUUGACAGACAGGUUAAGGGCGGUAAGCUGAUCGACAGAGGGUUAAAGUAGAUUUAAUAGGUAGACAUGAUGAUUUCUGUGAGUUUGGUAUAGUUGAUGACAGGAAGAUUUACUUUGCUUUGUGCUAGGUGGAUUUAGUUGCUAGGUUGGUUUAGUUGCUAGGUUGGGUUAGUUGUUUGAAAGUGUGAUAAGACCAUAAGUCAAGUUAAAACAGGUUUAGUACAGUAGAUGUAUUAGGUCCGUAGAGUUCUGUACGGCGCACCUGUGUGACCGUUACCCGACCGUGUGUGUGUGUCAGGCCUGGGAGAGGCUGGAGAAGUCAGAGCAUGAGAGGGAGCUGGCGCUGAGGACGGAGCUGAUUCGUCAGGAGAAACUGGAGCAGCUGGCCCGCCGCUUUGACCGCAAGGCCGCCAUGAGAGAGACCUGGCUGAGUGAGAACCAACGGCUCGUCUCACAGGUAACACACACACACUCAUGAAAACACUAAUACCACAUGCUCAUUGAUACACACACACUGGUGGUACACACUAACAAUGACGCCACUCCUACUGUAUUGUCUACUUGAACUGUAUUGGUUCAUAGCAUACCCUUGUGGUCAUACAGAGUAAUGUACAAUGAAGUAAUUUACUCCCUUGAUUCAUCCUCAUGAUCUUGACCCAUUUAAUAUCCCCACUAGUUCUAAAAACAAAAACUACUGAAUGGAGAUUAUGCCACUGCUUAGCAGUUAGAUACAAACCCAUAACUCUCCUCACUCCGUCUUUCUCUCCCCCUCUUCCGCCCUCCCUCAGGACAACUUUGGUUUCGACCUGCAGGCAGUGGAGGCCGCCACCAAGAAGCACGAGGCCAUCGAGACGGACAUCGGCGCCUACGAGGAGCGUGUGCAGGCUGUGCUCUCCGUGGCCAAGGAGCUGGAGGCAGAGAACUACCACGACAUCAAGCGCGUGACAGCGAGGAAGGACAACGUGCUGCGUCUGUGGGAGUACCUGCUGGAACUGCUGAAGGCCCGGCGCAUCCGGCUGGAGAUGAACCUGGGCCUGCAGAGGGUCUUCCAGGAGAUGCUUUACAUCAUGGACUGGAUGGACGAGAUGAAGGUGAGGAAAAUGAUGUUGGUGGUGAAGAUGAUGAUGAUGGAUGGAUAGAGCCAACACUGUGGUUGGAUGGUGGGGUAAGAAUUGUCUUGAUACAGUAGCUUACUCAGUCACAUAUUUGUGAUGUAAGAGCUAUUGCCUAUUUCUUAGUUACAUUACCCACUAUUUACCCAGUGACCUGUGGCCUUCCUGACCCUGGUGAUGUGUCCUGUAUCUUCAGAUGCUGCUGCUGUCCCAGGACUAUGGGAAACACCUGCUGGGAGUGGAGGACCUGCUGCAGAAGCACGCUCUGGUGGAGGCUGAUAUCGCCAUCCAGGCCGACCGCGUCAAAGCCGUCAACAACAACGCUCAGAAGUUCGCCAUUGAUGCAGAGGGUGAGUAACAUGUGCUGGGAUUACAGUCAGUUUUGGGUGGUAGGUGAUUAUGCUCUCUCUGUGGGUGAUACCUGUAGGCUAUAGAAGAGAUUUGAGAUUAAUUGUAUCCUGAAAGGGUAUAGCUAUAUAGUCCUAUUGUAAAAUCCAAGCCAAUUCUGCCACCUGUCAGCAAAAUAAGUCAUUGAUCUUUGUCAGGUAGAGCAUGUAUUCUCAGUUUAAAUGAUAAAGGUGCGCUAAGUGUGAUGUGUUCCUGUCCCCUCUUUAGGCUACAAGCCCUGUGACCCCCAGGUGAUCCGGGACCGAGUGGCCCACAUGGAGUUCUGUUACGCAGAGCUGAGCCAGCUGGCCGCCGAGCGCCGCGCCCGCCUGGAGGAGUCCCGACGCCUCUGGAAGUUCUUCUGGGAGAUGGCCGAGGAGGAGGGCUGGAUCCGGGAGAAAGAGCAGAUCCUGUCCUCGGAGGACUGCGGCAAGGACCUGACGGGCACCGUGCGCCUGCUGAGCCAGCACCGCGCCUUCGAGGAUGAGAUGAUUGGCCGUGCUGGCCACCUGCAGCAGACCAUCAAACAGGGAGAGGAGCUGGUGGCCGCCGACCACUUCGGAGCUGACAAGAUCCGUGAGCGCAUCCAGGACAUCCAGGAGCAGUGGGCGGCCUUGGAAAGGGUGUCUGCCAUCAGGAAGGCCCGGCUGGAGGAGGCCUGCAACCUGCACCAGUUCCAGGCUGACGCCGAUGACAUCGACGCCUGGAUGCUGGAUGUUCUCCGCAUUGUGUCCAGUGCCGACGUGGGUCACGACGAGUUCUCCACCCAGGCUCUGGUCAAGAAGCACAAGGACGUGGCCGAGGAGAUCGCCAGCUACCGACCAGUCAUUGACGCCCUGCACGAGCAGUCCAAAACCCUACCCAGGGAACAGACUGGCUCAGAGGAAGUGCAGGGGCGCCUGGCGGGCAUCGAGGAGCGCUAUAGGGAGGUGGCUGAGCUGACCCGGCUGAGGAAGCAGGCCCUGCAGGAUGCCCUGGCCCUCUACAAGAUGUUCAGCGAGGCGGACGCCUGUGAGGUGUGGAUCGAUGAGAAGGAGCAGUGGCUCAACAGUAUGGAGAUACCAGAGAAACUGGAGGAUCUUGAAGUGGUUCAGCACAGGUAAAGACACCCAGCCUAACCAUGCUUAUUCAGUCCAGAUGCAUUAUGUCAGUUGAUCAAUUUGGAGAUUUGCUGUUGUCAUUUCAGGACAACCCAUUCUCUUGAGGCAGACUGUGUAGACAUAGAACUCCCACAGUGAAACCACUGUGCAAAGGAAAUGAGUUGUAAGAAUAUUUCCCAUCAUGUUUGCAAUAACUUUGUAUGUUUGUCACAGCUAGAAUUAAAUGAAUGUUCUCCCGGCGGUUUGACUGGCCAUUGGAAUGUAGCACGGUGGGAGGGAUGUGUGAAACAAACACUUUUUAUGCAAACUAGGGUGGGCCACUAGUGUAAUGUGUGGGAACUAGACUCCUAUAAUUCACUUUCCACUUAACAACAGAGCCCACAAUGUUUUAAAGCCAAUCAUCCUAAAGUCUUCCCACAUUGAGAAGAAACAGGCACUUGUCCGCAGUUAGCUAAGUGUUUUGGACAGCGGUUCAAUGGCUUGUUUACUCCAACGUGUGUCUCUGGUCUGAAAUGAUCUCUCCCCCUCCACACUGUUUACUCACUGUGCACCGCAUGGAAUCAUUCCCAGACUCCUGCUUCAUUGGCUUUGCUUCUAUGUGAUAUACUGGCAACUGGAACAUGACAUUAUAGUUCAGCUGGAAACAAUGCAUGUUAACAGGAUUUACAUUAAGAUAAAAUUGUUUCCAUGUGUUUAUGUACAGUACACUCUACCGUCUCUCACGUUUCUACCUCUACUCCUCUACCACCUCCUCUCCCUCUCUAACACCCCUCUCUACACCAUCAUCCUCCCCCUCCCAUCUCCCUCUAUUCCUCCCCCUCCUCUUCCCCUUCUCUACCCCUCCCCCUCAUCUUCCCCUUCUCUACCCCCACUUCCCCCGCAGGUUUGAGAGUCUGGAGCCAGAGAUGAACAACCAAGCUUCCCGCGUUGCUGUGGUGAACCAGAUUGCUAGGCAACUCAUCCACAGUGGUCACCCCAGUGAAAAUGAGAUCAAAGCCCAACAGGACAAACUCAACACCAGGUAUAGUAAUGCCCUACAUCAACCUAAACACCAACUACAGUUAUCCUCAGUUAAUAACCUCUAGUGGAAAAGUACUGUUCCCUGACUGUGUGUGUGUUUCUACGUCUCUCUAGAUGGAGCCAGUUCCGUGACCUAGUUGACCUGAAGAAAGACUCCCUCAACUCUGCUCUGGGUGUGCAGAACUACCACCUGGAGUGCAACGAAACCAAGUCGUGGAUCCGUGAGAAGACCAAGGUGAUCGAGUCCACCCAGGAGCUGGGCAACGACCUGGCCGGGGUCAUGGCCCUGCAGCGCAAACUCACUGGCAUGGAGCGCGACCUGACCGCCAUCGAGGACAAGCUGGGAGAACUGGGGAAGGAGGGGGAGCGCCUGGCAGCCGAGCACCCCGACCAGGCCCAGGGCAUCAUGGGUCGUCUGGGGGAGAUCACAGGGGUGUGGGACGAGAUGAAGGGCACCCUGAAGAACCGCGAGGAGUCCCUGGGUGAGGCCAGCAAGCUGCAGCAGUUCCUCCGGGAGCUGGAUGACUUCCAGUCAUGGCUGUCCAAGACCCAGACGGCCAUCGCUUCAGAAGACAUGCCCAACACACUGGCCGAGGCCGAGAAGCUGCUGGCGCAGCACGAGGGCAUCAAGAACGAGAUCCGCAACUAUGAGGCGGACUACCAGAAGAUGAGGGACAUGGGCGAGAUGGUGACCCAGGACCAGACGGACGCCCAGUACAUGUUCCUGAGGCAGAGGCUGCAGGCCCUGGACACAGGCUGGAACGAGCUGCACAAGAUGUGGGAGAACCGUCAGAACCUGCUGUCCCAGUCCCAUGCCCACCAGCUGUUCCUCAGGGACACCAAGCAGGCUGAGGCCUUCCUCAACAACCAGGUAACAUCGCAUUACAUUACACAGUACAGACUCCAUUUGGCUCACACAAAUGUUGGUGAGAAGUAAGCAAAAUUAUAUUUAGGAUAGACUGGGUGGCACAGUGUCCAAGGAGAGUUCUUAAUACUGCGACUAGCGAUUGCAUCGUGUGAAUCACAUGCAUCACACUGUUGGUGUUUACUCAACUUUGGUGAAAUAAUGGCCUUCUUCUCAUGCAAAUUGUUAAAGAAAGUGGGUGUGUGUGUUCACGUGGCAGUGUGUGUGUGCAUUCCUGUGAACCCGCUCUCAUUAUUAGUGUGACGCUAACAGAGGCAGACGGCUCUAUUAGUCAGAUCAUUGUCUGGGGCUUUAGCUGAACCAUACUGACUGGACAUCACUGCCCUGUUCUGCACCACCACUCACAUCAGAGCCAAUCAGACGCACACACACACACCCUCUGUGGGCUCAGUCCUCUGGAAGGAUUUCUGAGAUAAACACCUUGUCGGCUGUUACUAUGCUACAGUAGGCUACAGUUUACGAGAGUCACCUGCUUGUUCUUGAUCAAGUGUCGAAUCCCACACUCACUAACACCUCUACUACAAUCUUGCAUGCUUUUUCAAACAGCUGUAACUGUAUAUGCAUUCGUAAAUCAGGUCCUUUCUUGAGUUGGGCUCUGGGAUGGAACAACCGUUGAGCAUCUGUGCUUGGUUGAUUGUGGAGGAAAGGGGUUGUGUGUGUGUGUGUGUGUGUGUGUGUCCCACAUCUGUUGCAAGGGGGUAAGGAUGUUAGGGAGAAUAUAGGAUGAACCACAAUAAUUGUUUGCUAAAAUAAUAAUUGCUUGACAAAAAUGUAAUGUAAUGCAAUGGCAAUCCGGGUUAUAGGUAACAAUCCUUUGCAUGAACUGCUGACAUUAUUACGCAUAUUAAUUGAUAAUGAUGGAAAUUAAGAUAUGCAAGAUUUGAAUAGAUAUGAAUUUUUAAUCGUUAUAUACAGUGGGGAGAACAAGUAUUUGAUACACUGCCGAUUUUGCAGGUUUUCCUACUUACAAAGCAUGUAGAGGUCUGUAAUUUUUAUCAUAGGUACACUUCAACUGUGAGAGACGGAAUCUAAAACAAAAAUCCAGAAAAUCACAUUGUAUGAUUUUAAAGUAAUUAAUUUGCAUUUUAUUGCAUGACAUAAGUAUUUGAUCACCUACCAACCAGUAAGAAUUCCGGCUCUCACAGACCUGUUUGUUUUUCUUACCUGUCCACACACUCAAUCAAACAGACGCCAACCUCUCCACAAUGGCCAAGACCAGAGAGCUGUGUAAGUACAUCAGGAAUAAAAUUGUAGACCUGCACAAGGCUGGGAUGGGCUACAGGACAAUAGGCAAGCAGCUUGGUGAGAAGGCAACAACUGUUGGCACAAUUAUUAGAAAAUGAACGAAGUUCAAGAUGACGGUCAAUCACCCUCGGUCUGGGGCUCCAUGCAAGAUCUCACCUCGAAAACCAUUAGUAACACACUACGCCGUCAUGGAUUAAAAUCCUGCAGCGCACGCAAGGUCCCCCUGCUCAAGCCAGCGCAAGUCCAGGCCAGUCUGAAGUUUGCCAAUGACCAUCUGGAUGAUCCAGAGAAGGAAUGGGAGAAGGUCAUGUGGUCUGAUGAGACAAAAAUAGAGCUUUUUGGUCUAAACUCCACUCGCCGUGUUUGGAGGAAGAAGAAGGAUGAGUACAACCCCAAGAACACCAUCCCAACCGUGAAGCAUGGAGGUGGAAACAUCAUUCUUUGGGGAUGCUUUUCUGCAAAGGGGACAGGACGACUGCACCGUAUUGAGGGGAGGAUGGAUGGGGAGAUCUUGGCCAACAACCUCCUUCCCUCAGUAAGAGCAUUGAAGAUGGGUCGUGGCUGGGUCUUCCAGCAUGACAACGACCCGAAACACACAGCCAGGGCAACUAAGGAGUGGCUCCGUAAGAAGCAUCUCAAGGUCCUGGAGUGGCCUAGCCAAUCUCCAGACCUGAACCCAAUAGAACAUCUUUGAAGGGAGCUGAAAGCCCAGCGACAGCCCCGAAACCUGAAGGAUCUGGAGAAGGUCUGUAUGGAGGAGUGGGCCAAAAUCCCUGCUGCAGUGUGUGCAAACCUGGUCAAGACCUACAGGAAACGUAUGAUCUCUGUAAUUGCUAACAAAGGUUUCUGUACCAAAUAUUAAGUUCUGCUUUUCUAAUGUAUCAAAUACUUACGUCAUGCAAUAAAAUGCAAAUUAAUUACUUAAAAAUCAUACAAUGUGAUUUUCUGGAUUUUUGUCUCUCACAGUUGAAGUGUACCUAUGAUAAAAAUUACAGACCUCUACAUGCUUUGUAAGUAGGAAAACCUGGAAAAUCGGCAGUGUAUCAAAUACUUGUUCUCCCCACUGUAUAUAUUGAGGUGAGAGCAUUGGAAAUGCUUUUGGCGGUUGAACUGCUUCUGUUUUGUGGGUGGCACUGUGUGCUGUUUUCAAAAGAUGGGUCCUGGCCUCUCGGGGGGCCUAGGGAUCUGGGAGGACGGGGGUGGUCUGUCGAUCACUGGGAUGAAAACCCAACUUGGGAUGGGGAGGGGCUUUAGCGGGGGGAAUAGUGGAGAACAAUUGGAGUAACCCUUAGUAGCAAUGCAAAUAUUAUGGGACAGCAAUAUGGACACUCAAUCACUAUGGUACUUUUUAAUGGUACAUUUACAAACAUAUAUUAUGAUAAAUACAUUUGAAACUUGUAUCUCAUUAUGGUAAAUGGUGAAAUAAGUAUAGCCAGUUAUAAUUGUAAUGGCUUCGCAGAUAAGAAAAUAAUAACAUUAUUUACAUCGCUCAAAGAGAAGGAAUUUAAUAUAUAUUGUUUACAGGAAACUCAUUCAACAAUUCUAGAUGAAAUUGUGUGGAAAAAUGACUGGGGGGGGGGACUCAAAAGGGGACAUAAGUAUUUGAUACAUCAGAAAAGCAGAACUUAAUAUUUGGUACAGAAACCUUUGUUUGCAAUUACAGAGAUAAUACGUUUCCUGUAGGUCUUGACCAGGUUUGCACACACUGCAGCAGGGAUUUUGGCCCACUCCUCCAUACAGACCUUCUCCAGAUCCUUCAGGUUUCGGGGCUGUCGCUGGGCAAUAAGGAACUUUCAGCUCCCUCCAAAGAUUUUCUAUUGGGUUCAGGUCUGGAGACUGGCUAGGCCACUCCAGGACCUUGAGAUGCUUCUUACGGAGCCACUCCUUAGUUGCCCUGGCUGUGUGUUUCGGGUCGUUGUCAUGCUGGAAGACCCAGCCACGACCCAUCUUCAAUGCUCUUACUGAGGGAAGGAGGUUGUUGGUCAAGAUCUCGCGAUACAUGGCCCCAUCCAUCCUCCCCUCAAUACGGUGCAGUCGUCCUGUCCCCUUUGCAGAAAAGCAUCCCCAAAGAAUGAUGUUUCCACCUCCAUGCUUCACGGUUGGGAUGGUGUUCUUGGGGUUGUACUCAUCCUUCUUCUUCCUCCAAACACGGCGAGUGGACUAUUUUUGUCUCAUCAGACCACAUGACCUUCUCCCAUUCCUCCUCUGGAUCAUCCAGAUGGUCAUUGGCAAACUUCAGACGGGCCUGGACAUGCGCUGGCUUGAGCAGGGGGACCUUGCUUGCGCUGCAGGAUUUUAAUCCAUGACGGCGUAGUGUGUUACUAAUGGUUUUCUUUGAGACUGUGGUCCCAGCUCUCUUCAGGUCAUUGACCAGGUCCUGCCGUGUAGUUCUGGGCUGAUCCCUCACCUUCCUCAUGAUCAUUGAUGCCCCACGAGGUGAGAUCUUGCAUGGAGCCCCAGACCGAGGGUGAUUGACCAUCAUCUUGAAUUUCUUCCAUUUUCUAAUAAUUGCGCCAACAGUUGUUGCCUUCUCACCAAGCUGCUUGCCUAUUGUCCUGUAGCCCAUCCCAGCCUUGUGCAGGUCUACAAUUUUAUCCCUGAUGUCCUUACACAGCUCUCUGGUCUUGGCCAUUGUGGAGAGGUUGGAGUCUGUUUGAUUGAGUGUGUGGACAGGUGUCUUUUAUACAGGUAACAAGUUCAAACAGGUGCAGUUAAUACAGGUAAUGAGUGGAGAACAGGAGGGCUUCUUAAAGAAAAACUAACAGGUUUGUGAGAGCCGGAAUUCUUACUGGUUGGUAGGUGAUCAAAUACUUAUGUCAUGCAAUAAAAUGCAAAUUAAUUACUUAAAAAUCAUACAAUGUGAUUUUCUGGAUUUUUGUUUUAGAUUCCGUCUCUCACAGUUGAAGUGUACCUAUGAUAAAAAUUACAGACCUCUACAUGCUUUGUAAGUAGGAAAACCUGCAAAAUCGGCAGUGUAUCAAAUACUUGUUCUCCCCACUGUACAUUACUCUUACUGAAUUUCCAUGUGGGCGAGGAUAUUGGAAAUUUAAUCAAAGCCUAUUGGAUGAUAACUUGUUUUUAACUAGGACAGAGGAAUUUAUAACUGAAUUCUUCCGGCAUAACAUAGGUACAGCAAAUCCCCUUAUUGUAUGGGACACUUUUAAAUGUGCCUUUAGAGGCCAUGCAAUUCAGUACUCAUCUCAAAAACGAAAGCAAUUUAGGUCAAAAGACUCCAUACUAACAAAGGAAAUAGAAAGUCUAACAGAACAGAUAGAUAGCAAUAAAAACUGUAACAUAGGGGGUCAGAAUAAAUUAGAGAAAAAAACAAAAAUAAAUGGAGGAACUUAUUCAAGAAAAAUCAAAUGUAAUAUAUUAUUAAAAAUGAAGCUAACUGGAUGGAAUAUGGGGAGAAAUGCACCAAAUUAUUUUUUCAUCUUCAAAAUACAGUGAGGGGAAAAAAGUAUUUGAUCCCCUGCUGAUUUUGUAUGUUUGCCCACUGACAAAGAAAUUAUCAGUCUAUAAUUUUAAUGGUAGGUUUAUUUGAACAGUGAGAGACAGAAUAACAACAACAAAAUCCAGAAAAACCCAUGUCAAAAAUGUUAUGAAUUGAUUUGCAUUUUAAUGAGGGAAAUAUGUAUUUGACCCCCUCUCAAUCAGUAAGAUUUCUUUCUCCCAGGUUUCUUUUCUACAGGUAAUGAGCUGAGAUUAGGAGUACACUCUUAAAGGGAGUGCUCCUAAUCUCAGCUUGUUACCUGUAUAAAAGACACCUGUCCACAGAAGCGAUCAAUCAAUCAGAUUCCAAACUCUCCACCAUGGCCAAGACCAAAGAGCUCUCCAAGGAUGUCAGGGACAAGAUUGUAGACCUACACAAGGCUGGAAUGGGCUACAAGACCAUCGCCAAGCAGCUUGGUGAGAAGGUGACAACAGUUGGUGCGAUUAUUCGCAAAUGGAAGAAACACAAAAUAACUGUCAUUCUCCCUCGGCCUGGGGCUCCAUGCAAGAUCUCACCUCGUGGAGUUGCAAUGAUCAUUCGAACGGUGAGGAAUCAGCCCAGAACUACACGGGAGGAUCUUGUCAAUGAUCUCAAAGCAGCUGGGACCAUAGUCACCAAGAAAACAAUUGGUAACACACUGCGCCGUGAAGGACUGAAAUCCUGCAGCGCCCGCAAGGUCCCCCUGCUUAAGAAAGCACAUAUACAUGUCAGUCUGAAGUUUGCCAAUUAAUGAUUCAGAGGAGAACUGGGUGAAAGUGUUGUGGUCAGAUGAGACCAAAAUGGAGCUCUUUGGCAUCAACUCAACUCGCCGUGUUUGGAGGAGGAGGAAUGCUGCCUAUGACCUCAAGAACACCAUCCCCACCGUCAAACAUGGAGGUGGAAACAUUAUACUUUGGGGGUGUUUUUCUGCUAAGGGGACAGGACAACUUCACCGCAUCAAAGGGACGAUGGACAGGGCCAUGUAUCGUCAAAUCUUGGGUGAGAACCUCCUUCCCUCAGCCAGGGCAUUGAAAAUGGGUUGUGGAUGGGUAUUCCAGCAUGACAAUGACCCAAAACACACGGCCAAGGCAACAAAAGAGUGGCUCAAGAAGAAGCACAUUAAGGUCCUGGAGUGGCCUAGCCAGUCUCCAGACCUUAAUCCCAUAGAAAAUCUGCGGAGGGAGCUGAAGGUUCGAGUUGCCAAACAUCAGCCUCGAAACCUUAAUGACUUGGAGAAGAUCUGCAAAGAGGAGUGGGACAAAAUCCCUCCUGAGAUGUGUGCAAACCUGGUGGCCAACUACAAGAAACAUCUGACCUCUGUGAUUGCCAACAAGGGUUUUGCCACCAAGUACUAAGUCAUGUUUUGCAGAGGGGUCAAAUACUUAUUUCCCUCAUUAAAAUGCAAAUCAAUUUAUUACAUUUUUUACAUGCGUUUUUCUGAAUUUGUUGUUGUUAUUCUGUCUCUCACUGUUCAAAUAAACCUACCAUUAAAAUUAUAGACUGAUAAUUUCUUCGUCAGUGGGCAAACGUACAAAAUCAGCAGGGGAUCAAAUACUUUUUUCCCUCACUGUGUAUAUAUAUAUAUAUAUAUAUAUAUAUAUAUAUAUAUAUAUAUAUAUAUAUAUAUAUAUAUAUAUACUUAUUUUAAUUUUACCUUUAUUUAACUAGGCAAGUCAGUUAAGAACAAAUUCUUAUUUACAAUGACGGCCUACACCGGCCAAACCUGGACGACUCUGGGCCAAUUUGUGAGAAAAAAAAACAUAUGGGGGAUUGGAAGAAUGCAGACAAUUACAUUGAUGGAAGUUACAAUCUAUCUGCAAUAUUAAAGCUGAUCUACCCCCCUAAAAAAAGCUGAUUUUUUUCUCACAAAAUAAAUACAUUAAUACCAACACCUCUACUACCCUCUCCUUCCCUACCACCUUCUCUCCAUCCUCUCUCUCUCAGGAGUAUGUGCUGGCCCAUACUGAGAUGCCCACGACUCUGGAGGGGGCGGAGGGAGCCAUUAAGAAGCAGGAGGACUUCAUGACCACCAUGGACGCCAAUGAGGAGAAGAUCAACGCCGUGGUGGACACCGGACGCAGACUGGUCAGUGACAAAAACAUCAACUUUGACCGCAUCCAGGAGAAAGUGGACUCUAUCGAUGAGAGGUAUUGAAUGCUUUGUUAAAAGCGCUAUACAAUUUGAUUUAGUGUGUAUGUGGAGAACUGAGGCUGAUUUUGUGAAUGUGUUUACUCCAGUGAUGAUUAUGUCAGCGAUGUUACGUGCAUAGAUUAAACUGAAUUACAUGCAUAGAAUAAAUUAAAUUACAUGCAUAGAAUUAAGAAUUACAUACAUAGAAUAAAUUAAAUGACAUGCAUAGAAUUAAGAAUUACAUGCAUAGAAUAAAUUGUAUGUAUAGCACUUGUCAGGUUUGCUUAACAUCAUCUAGGUGUUAGAAUUACCAAUAUACUUGUUAAGAAAAUAUGUUUCUGAGCCGUUACCUCUCUCAGUGCUAAAUCCAUCACGUUAACCACUGUCCUUCUGUUUGUGUAGACAUAAGAAUAACCGCUUGGCGGCCAGUGAGCUCCUCUGUAAGCUGAAGGAUAACAGAGACCUACAGAAGUUCCUUCAGGACUGCCAAGAGGUGAGCUGCCACCUGCCACCUGCCCCCUACCAAACCCAUACAACACUCCCCCCAGACCCCCACUGCAACACACCCAUAUCUGCCAGCUAGGGCUACACCAGCACUUCAUUCACACACAACCAAACCCGAACACCUACUGAUUCCUCCUACUACCUCUAUAGAGUACAGUACUGUAGGUGGAAUUAAUCAGUAAUUAUGGAUGGUGCCAAGAUGUGGUUGUGUGGAUGAGUCUGUGUGUGUCCGUCUGUCUCACUGAUUGGCUCUCUGGUGUGUGCAGCUGUCCCUGUGGAUCAAUGAGAAGAUGCUCACGGCUCAGGACAUGUCGUAUGACGAAGCCAGGAACCUCCACAGCAAAUGGCUCAAACACCAGGCCUUCAUGGCCGAGCUGCAGUCCAACAAGGAGUGGCUGGACAAGAUCGAGAAGGUCAAUGACUAAAUGAUGGGUGUCUGAUCUUUUUGACAAUUUCGUUGCAUAUGUCUUCUCCCUGUUUAUGUUUUGUGAGUGUGCGUGUCCCUUAAACUCUGUGUGCGUCUGUGUGUGGGUGUGUUUUUCCCCUGUGUAAAGUUGUUUUAGUUAAUAGACUGUUGUUGAUGCUUAUGGCCCCCAAAACACUCCAGUCUGAUGAGCACAGCCCUCUCCUGUGGAUAUUUUAGUCCUAAAUGCAGAGAGAUUAAGUCAUAACAACCACGUGGGGUAUUAUUAUACUCACAUUCAGUGGAAUUAAUUUCAAAACAAGCUUUCAGCAGAAUCAGCGCAAUAGUUCUGCAGAUCAGAACUAGUAGUUUGAAAGUUCAGUAUUGAUGCUUGUUUCUAUGAGUGAUUGUGGGCAGAGUCACAUUGCUCAGGUCAGAUUGAAAGAAUCACCAAUUUUCCAGUGUCUUCCUAUAUUCCUAUAGUGUAUAUCUAUUUAUCUCCAUAAUGUCCUAACAUGUUUUUCUCCCACCCAAUCCCAGGAUGGGAUGCAGCUGAUAGCUGAGAAGCCGGAGACCGAGGCCAUGGUGAAGGAAAAGCUGGCAGCACUCCAUAAGAUGUGGGAUGACCUCGAGUCCACCACCCAGACCAAGGCCAAGUGUCUGUUUGACGCCAACAAGGCCGAGCUGUUCACCCAGAGCUGUGCCGACCUGGACAAGUGGCUGGUGGGAGUGGAUGGACAGAUCCAAUCAGACGACUACGGCAAAGAUCUGACCAGCGUCAACAUCCUGCUCAAAAAACAACAGGUACUGUGCUACUGGAGCUUGACAUAUUGUAUGUCUCCCACAGUUAUGUCACUAUAUUGGACUGCGCUCUUUUCCUCUCCCUUUGAUUGGUGUGUAAAUGGUCAAUUUCUGUAUCAUUUUAGAUCAUGGUUUGAUAUUAGGUGAAGUGCAAUGUCAGUAAUUGACCUGAGGAUAAAUUCACUUGUAUAGCCAAACUAUUAAUGAAAUGUUAAGCCUGAUAUUAGGUUUUCACUUUUACUUUAAUUAUGAAAAUUGCAGCAUAAGGUACACCGCACACGUAUGCCGUGUUGGCUCAUAGUUUAUUAUGCAGAUAGUUUAUUCAUACUAGCGAGCAGUGGUGGAAAAAGUACCCAUUUGUCAUACUUGAGUAAAAGUAAAGAUACCUUUAAUAGAAAAUGACUCAAGUAAAAGUGAAAGUCACACAGUAAACUAAUACUUGAGUAAAAUACAAAGUAUUUGGUUUUAAAUAUACUUAAGUAUCAAAAGUAAAAGUAUAAAUCAUUUCAAAAUCCUUAUAUUAAGCAAACCAGACGGCAUCAUUUUCUUGUUUUUUAUUUAUUUAUGGAUAGCCAGGGGCAUGCUCCAACACUGUGUUUAGUGAGUCCACCAGAUAAGAGGCUGUAGGGAUGACCAGGGAUGUUCUUUUGAUAAUUGUGUGAAUUAGACCAUUUUAUUGUCCUGCUAAGCAUUCAAAAUGAAAUGAGUACUUUUGGGUGUCAGGGAGUAAAAAGUACAUAAUUUUCUUUAGGAAUGUAGUGAAGCAAAAGUUGUCAAAAAUAUAAGAAGUAAAGUACAGAUAACCCCAAAAACGACUUAAGUAGUACUUUCAAGUAUUUUUACUCAAGUACUUUACACCACUGCUAGCGAGUGGCGCUGUAGUGAGCAGACGAACCACGUUAUGUAACAGCCUCUUCAUGCUUCUCACAUACACACACUCCCCCCACCCACCACAUUAUGUUAACUCUCCCUCGCCAUGAUGUGUGGAGGAGCCAGCUCGGUGUCUGUGAGAUGAGCUCCCACUGUGUAUGUGUAUAGUGUGUGAGAGAGACAGUGAGGGAGUAAAACAGAGAGAGAAAUGGAGCAGAACAGAGAGCACUUGGUAGAAAUACAGUAGAGAAUGCUGAUUGUAUGUUAGCAAUUAUAAACUGGGUGGUUCGAGCCCUGAAUGCUGAUUGUAUCAGACCGUAUACCACGGGUAUGACAAAACAUGUAUUUUUACUGCUCUAAUUACGUUGGUAACCAGUUUAUAAUAGCAAUAAGGCACCUCAGGGGUUUGUGGUAUACGGCCAAUAUACCACGGCUAAGGGCUGUGUCCAGGCACUCUGCGAUGCGUCGUGAGUAAGCCAUAUUCCACUGUUUGUUCGAUCUGGAAGAGGGAGAGCAAGCGAGAGAGAGACCGGAAACUCGUAGAGCACAAACGAGACGGAGAGCUCUGGAACGCAUGCUACAGGGUUGACCAGAGAGGGAGCUAGAGAGAGCAUGCUAUGACUGUCUCACUCCUCUCCACUCCUCCUGGUGUGGCGUCCUUAGAUGCUGGAGAGCCAGGUGGAGGUGCGUCAGAAGGAGGUGGAGGAGCUGCAAAGCCAGGCCCAGGUCCUCAGCCUGGAGGGGAAGGACACAGACGAGGUGGACGGCCAGCGCCGCAUCGUGGAGAAGAAGUUCCAGCAGCUGCUGGACCCACUGAAGAAGAGGAAGGGAAACCUCAUGGCCUCCCGCGAGAUCCACCAGUUCAACAGAGACGUGGAGGACGAGAUCGUAAGUACAUUAAACCUUUAAUCUAGCCUAGUCGUGUGUGUGUCUGUGUCUGGCUGUGUGUGUGUGUGUCUCUCUGUGUGUGUGUUUGUCUGUUUGCACCAGUCUGUCUGUCUGUCAGUGUGGGUGUGCACAUGUGUGUUUCAGAGAACGAAUGAGAGAGAUUAUGUAUGCCUACUUGUGCAAGUCUUAAUUGUAUUUUCAUGCAAAUGUAUAUAGGCUACAGUAUGUUUUGUGUGCUUGUUUGAAAUCCCUGCCCUAUGGCAGCAGAAGCUGAACAGCAGAGCAGUUUCCUUGUGUCUGAAGUGAUUUAAGAGAUAAAAUCACAAUUUUCAUCUCUUCAAGUCUUUUUUCUCCUCUUUUGAGGGAAGGCACCCACUGAGAGUAGCAGCAGCUGCAUGCUUUCAUAGCUGUGAGGUUCUCUUUGUUAUUGUAAUGACUGUAUUGACUCCUUUCAUACAGACAAGCAGGAGCAGGCCACGUGUUUUGAAAUUACUGGGUUGGGUCUCUGAAUGGAACUGAAGUGUCUCAUCUGCGUAUGCCAUCAACUGCAUUUUAAAAUGCUUACUUCAGUCAGUCAGAACAUAAAACGCUUAGCCCAAAUCAUGCUUAUUUCAAGUGGUUAGUUGUGGUUAAGUUUAGAUGCUGUCAUUGCUUUUGCUAUAUCAAUGUAUCAAUCUUCCGAAAUUAUUCCUACCUAUUUCUGUGUUUUCCUCUUAGCUCUGGGUUGAAGAGAGAAUGCCACUGGCAACAUCUACAGACCACGGAAACAACCUGCAAACAGUCCAGUUACUCAUCAAGAAAAACCAGGUAAGAAACAAACUCCAUCUGUUUGAACCUUGAACAAUAUUUACAUCUGUAGAAUAUAGCUCUUAGCAUUUACAGCACUACCAUUAGAAUCCAGUGAUGGAUCUAUUUCUGUACCAGAUAACCGCUGUACUUUUAAACCAGCUGACCUGCUGCCUUUUGACCUGUCCCCCACCAGACCCUGCAGAAGGAGAUCCAGGGCCACCAGCCGCGCUGUGAUGACAUCUUUGAGCGGAGUCAGCAGGUGCUGAAGGAUGACGACAACAGCCCCAGCGGCGAGGGGAUCCGCCAGCGGCUGGCCGACCUGCGGCACCUGUGGGCCCAGAUCCUGGAGGAGACGGGCAAACGCCAUGGACGCCUGGAGGAGGCCCACAAGGCCCAGCAGUACUACUUUGAUGCUGCCGAGGCCGAGGCCUGGAUGAGCGAGCAGGAGCUCUACAUGAUGUCAGAGGAGAAAGCCAAGGUGAGGGGUGCAGUGGGUUAGAAAGCUAAAAUUGUUAUUCAUAAGCAAUCAGAAUGGGGUUUGAAUGUGAAGUAGGAUGGUGAUUGGACCUGAUAGGAUGAGUAGCUGAAGGCUACGGCAAGCCGGUAGAGAUACAAAGUGGGUUUUGGUUAGGACUGGUAGGUUGCACUCCAGUAUUUUGUUGGGAUGGAUCAUUAGUAGGGGCAAAGUUUAAUAGGAAAUGGGGUUUGGUUAAAGGACAAGCUUCUUUUUUGUUACAGGGCAAAGUUGCUGGAUAGGAGAAGGGCUGGUUGAUACUGUACCAGGGGUAUUGCUGCACUUGGUAGAGUUAGGACUGUGACUGUUGCCCAGUAAGUUGUUGGUCUACCAGGCAGAAGUGGGUCCUUGUCACGGGGAGAAUGAGGAAGUCAGUGGAGGGUGAAAGACAAGGGCAGUGACAAAAGUGCUGCAUCCCAAAUCUUCCCCUUCUCCUUGACGCUCUGCCCUCCAUUUGCGCAUUCACUUGCGCCUCCGCCAUAUGCACAAGUGUCCCAAAACUGAUGGAGUGAAAAAUAUUGAGGGUAUAGGAGCUAAUUAAGACUAGCCACUCACUGGAUGUCACCCUCAGAGUUUUGUUAGCUACAUGUGGCAACAGAGGGACCUCCGAGCUAGUUGGUAGGGGCGAGGGGAUGGUUUAGGAUUCACAGAGGGCUAUGUGGUAUUGUGGGAUAUUGGAUGUGAAAGGUGAGUAGGCAGAGAGAAGUCUUCCAGGCCAUGGUUUCAUGUGUCCUUGACACCUUAACAUUCUCCUUCUACAGGACUGGAUCUCUGUGAGACUAGUCUAUUUCUAGUCAAUACUGGGUCCUCUACACUGAUUGUAUGUACCUGUUCACACUCACUAUCUGUGUCUGUGCACUCACUGUCUGCGUCUUCCUUGACUCUCUCUCUCUCUCUGUGUAGGAUGAGCAGAGCUCCGUGGCCAUGCUGAAGAAGCACCAGAUCCUGGAGCAGGCUGUGGAGGACUACGCUGAGACUGUCCACCAGCUCUCCAAGACCAGCAGGGGCCUGACGGCCGCCGGACACCCAGAAAGGUGAGGGGUCUCAGGGGCUCAUCCUCAGGGUUAACAAUUCCCUUUAGUGUAAAUUGGAUGUUGAAACCAUGAUCAUAUCCACCCAUUCCAGACUAAAGAACUUUAAAGGGAUAGUUCGGGAUUUUGGCAAUGAACUCAUGGAUGCCAUUUUUAAUGUCUCCCCGUCCAGUAUGAAGGAAGUUAGAGGUAGUUUUGUGGGCCGAUGCUAACUUGCAUUAGCGCAAUGACUGGAAGUUUACAGGAGUUGUUCCCAUUGACUUCCAGUCAUUGCACUAACGCUAGUUAGCAAUUGCACUAACGUUAGUUAGCAACUUCCUUCAAACUGCACACUGAGACAUAGAAAUGGUACCCACUAGUUGACUCUAGGGAAGUAGAUAAAGGGCUUCAUUGCCAAAAUCCCUAACUAUCCCUUUAAGGGUUUAAACUCUAGCCCAGAGUGGUCAGUCAGUACCAGACAACUAACAUUAGAUCACUGUAAGGUUAAGCUCCACACCUGCUGAGUUGAAGUAGGAUUUAACCACCCAGAGUUUUAAGACUUGACAGUUUAGCAUCACAGAAGAGAGUGAGGAUAGGAUAAUGUGGCUCAUGUAGAUCCUAUAUCCUAACCCCCUCCCUACCUCCUCCUUCCUCCUCCUGCUGUGUAGUGAGCGGAUCGGCAUGCGUCAGUCCCAGGUGGAUAAGCUAUAUGCAGGGCUCAAGGACCUGUCGGAGGAGAGGAGGGGGAAGCUGGACGAGAGGUUCCGUCUUUUUCAGCUCAACAGGGAGGUGGAUGACCUGGAGCAGUGGAUCGCUGAAAGGGAGGUGGUGGCUGGGUCACAUGAGCUGGGACAAGACUACGAACAUGUCACGGUAUGUGCAGCCAUGCCACCCAUGUUCCCCUGUUGUCAGAGUAUCUUGCGGAAUAUGUCCAUUCUGACUUUGCUGUGAUAAUCUCCCUCUACAGAUGCUGCAGGAGCGUUUCCGUGAGUUUGCUCGUGACACGGGCAACAUCGGUCAAGAGCGUGUGGACACUGUCAACCAGCUGGCGGACGAGCUCAUCAACUCGGGCCACGCUGAUGCGGCUACCAUCGCAGAGUGGAAAGACGGGCUGAAUGAGGCGUGGGCCGACCUGCUGGAGCUGAUCGACACACGUACGCAGAUCCUGGCGGCGUCCUUCGAGCUGCACAAGUUCUACCACGACGCCAAGGAGAUCCUCAACCGCAUCCUGGACAAACACAAGAAGCUGCCUGAGGAGCUGGGCCGAGACCAGAACACAGUGGAGACCCUGCAGAGGAUGCACACCACCUUCGAACACGACAUCCAGGCCCUGGGGACACAGGUAUGACAAUGACACCAGAGAGACAGAGCCAGCAGCCAGAAAGCCAAAACACCUAAAACAGAGGUUAGACUACAGCCUUAAGAAAAUAUGCACCUAUAAGGUGAAUCUCUCACAGAUUAUUUGAAAUGUAGAUCAUAGACAAGACUUCUCAACAUUUAGUGUCUGCCUACCCCAGUGGCAGUCAGUGCCGUUUAAGAUGAGGGCCUUAUUUCAUGAGCAUGGCCUUAUUUCUAUUACAGCAUAUUGGAUGACUCUCAUUCAUAUUCCAUUCACCCAGUUCAAUGUAACAGCUAUAGGUUUAGGCUACUACAUGAUACUCUAAUUUUCCCUAUACCCAUCAUGAGGUUGCUACAACCUAGCCUAUGAAUGAAAGUUUACAACGUAGGUGCACACAGAUCGAGAGGCAAAUUUGAGGUGACAGACAGUGACAUUCAAUACCGCGAUGCACACUCUUGCCUGCAUCUAGCUGAUAUAGGGUGUAAUUAUUAGUCCAACAGUUGCAAACAAGAGUUUCUAUUGGACAAAUUCAGGUAUGUUUAUCCCCGUUUUGUUCCGUUUAAGAAACGUUUUUCAACAGAAUCGGCGGAAUGAAUAUACCCCUGAUCACGCGUAAACAGAGUUCACUCUCAUAAGUCACGUUGUAUUCCUUCUCUUCCCUUCGCUUGUCGACUUCAAUGCACAACAAAUCAGCUGUAUGUGACCAGGCAAAACAACCUUUCCAAGCCAAACCUCUACAAACAGCCUACAUCGUUGUCACCAAAGAAAUGUCAUAGUCAGCAUGGCUAAUAGAACUAACACGUUAAUAAACCCGCUACAAUCAUGCAGUAACGUUAGUGUACAGUCAGUAAGCAGUUACACCAGCGGGCCCCGGUGGCAAUACAUUAGUAAUACCAAAAGCUUACCUUGACUUGGAAGAGUUCCAGUGUUGUGUUGGAAAGUCAUAGCCAGCUAGCUAACAUAGCAUCCCUCUGUUUGAGUAGGGUGUUUCAGUAGGCUAAACUAGCUAGCUGCAUUUGCUAGCUAAGUAAGUGAAACUCUCUUGCUUCUCCUUCAUUUAGGUUCAAAACUGUUCAACUAUUCUCUUUCUCUCUCUCUUUGAGUCAACUACUCACCACAUUUUAUACCCUGCAGUGCUAGCUAGCUGUAGCUUAUUAUUUCACUACUAGAUUAAUUCUCUGGUCCUUUGAUUGGGUGGACAACAUGUCAGUUCAUGCUUCAAGAGCUCUGAUAGGCUGGAGGACUUCCUCCGGAAGUUGUCAUAAUUACUGUGUAACAACUCUGUGUUGUGUUUAUCGCACUGCUUUGCUUUAUCUUGGCCAGGUCGCAGUUGUAAAUGAGAACUUGUUCUCAACUGGCUUACCUGGUUAAAUAAAGGUGAAAUAAAAAAAAUAAAAAAAGGGGGUGAGAACCAUGAGCCUCCUAGGUUUUGUAUUGAAGUCAAUGUACCCAGAGGAGGACGGAAGCUAGCUGUCCUCCGGCUAUACCAUGGUGCUACCCUACAGAGUGCUGUUGAGGCUACUGUAGACCUUCUUUGCAAAAUAGUGUGUUUUAAUCAGUUAUUUGGGGAUGUGAUUAUAUUUGGUAUAGUUUUAUCUAAAAAUGAUAACUUUUUUAAUGUUUUACAAUUUUAAAAUUUUAUGAAAUUCACUGAGGAGGAUGGUCCUCCCCUUCCUCCUCUGAGGAGCCUCCACUGGCCUACCCAUAUUUCUCCCUUUUCCUCCACAGGUGAGGACGUUGCAGGAGGAUGCUGUGCGCCUGCAGUCUGCCUAUGCCGGAGACAAGGCUGAUGACAUCCAAAAGAGAGAGGGUGAGGUGUUGGAGGCCUGGAGGACCCUGCUGGAGGCCUGUGAAGGCCGCAGGGUCAGACUGCUUGACACCGGCGACAAGUUCCGUUUCUUCAGCAUGGUCCGAGACCUCAUGCUCUGGAUGGAGGACGUCAUCCGCCUAAUUGAGGCUCAGGAGAAGCCCAGGUACCGUGAACCUGACGGGAAACGUUUUUGCGUCAGGCUGGUUCUUUUAAUAGUUUAGCAUUAUUGCGGACAUGUUUUUUCUCCUACCGACUUCCCAACAAAAGCCAGAAAAGAAGGCGCGAGUAAUCUCUGUAGUUUUCUGUAAGCAGCUUUUGGUCGGCAGCUUACACUGUAAUCACACUUUUUCAGGUCCAGAUUUAUGUAUCUAAUCCUCAAUGUUCUGAUUGUUGUGAUUUACAAAGUUAUCCUCACUAGCUCACUCUAAACAACCCUCUGUGUUAAUGCUGGAGCUGUGGCACUGUAGUGUAGCUCAGGUUUUCAACAGAAGGCUCAGCUGAAUGUGUUGCCACCCACGGAUGGUCCUUUUAAUAGCCACUGAAGAUGCAGCUGCAGAAAAUGGUGAAUACUCAAUGUAUCAAAACUCAAUGAAUGUCCCAGAAUGUCUUCUCCUUUCAGGGAGACAGCAGCACACCAAGCCCUUAUCUGGCUCUGGUUUCAGCUGUAAUUGUGAUAAUCACCAGGGUCGACAAGGCCUUCAUUAUCUGUGCCUCUCAGCUGAAUCUCAGCCAGCAGCUUACCAUGGAGACGGAUGAAGAGGGAGAGAGGAAGAUAGAGGGGGAGAGAGAUAGGAGGAGACAGAAAUAGAAAAGAUAAGAGCAAGACAGACAGACAGACACAGAUAUAGGGGUCUAAUGAUGAUGUCAGGGGAAGGGGAAAAAAGAUACUGGAGAAAAGAAAAGGGGAAGAAAGAUGUAUGGCUAAUGGGGUGAAGGAUGAAAAAAGCGGGUAGGAGAGGGUAAUUGAGAGAGAGAGACUUGGUUUGUGUCAGUAAUUGCAUUGCUCUGUUUCCACUGUCUGAGUGAAUGACACCCUAUCCUGACUAGAGUAGACUAGUGUUUAGUUUGAUAACAGCAUGGUCCCAGGUACUCACCCUGGAACAUCAUUAUGUGGGAGGAUGUAGUCCACUGAAAUGCACUGGGUGUCAGGUCAUCCUGUCUGGACUGUAUGUACAUGUGGUUUUAGAAAACGUACGCUAGCAUCGUAAGUAGCAACGUAAAUAGCAUUUCAUGGGUCAUUUAAACCCCUGGUAACCUAACCAAUGGACAUUAGGACCUUAGUGUGUUCAGUGUGCGUGUGUAACACAUAUCUAACUGGGUUAUUGUGUCUUCAGGGACGUGUCGUCUGUGGAGCUCCUGAUGAACAACCACCAGGGCAUCAAGGCUGAGAUCGACGCCCGUAACGACAGCUUCACCAACUGCAUCGAGCUGGGCAAGUCCCUGUUGGCACGGAAACACUACGCAUUAGAGGAGGUCAGGGGCCAACAAUGUCACAACACCCUCACAGAUUCUUACCUCCUUCUCUCCUCUCCUCCGCUCUCUGUUUCUGUCUUCACCCCCAUUCUCCGGAUGGAAAUGUGUCUCCCUCUGUUGUUGUGUUGCGUCAUUAAUUGUAUGGUGUUCGUAGCCACGGUUAAAACUCAAUUUCCUUCCAUUUUUAGAUCAAAGAGAAGUUACUACAGUUGACGGACAAGAGGAAAGACAUGAUUGACAAGUGGGAGGACAGAUGGGAGUGGCUUAGAUUGGGUAAUUCUAUCAAAUAAUGUUCAGUCUGUUGCACAGUAUUAGCUACAGUAGUGCCUUGGGGCUCACAGAGCAUUAUCCCACAGUCCCUUGGUAUUUCCAGAGGACUACUGUGUCACCGUUACUUUCUACUGCCUUGGUGUGUGACUAGCUGUGUCUCUGCCCAGUUCUGGAGGUGCACCAGUUUGGUAGGGACGCGGGUGUGGCCGAGUCGUGGCUGCUGGGACAGGAGCCGUACCUGUCCAGCAGGGAGAUGGGUCAGAAUGUGGACGAGGUGGAGAAACUCAUCAAGAGACACGAGGCCUUUGAGAAAUCAGCUGCCACCUGGGAAGAGCGGUUCUCAGCGCUGGAACGGCUGACUACGGUGAGAGGACAGGGGGUGUUCACAACUCACUGGGCUGUCAGUCAAACCAUUCAUCCAAUAACUCAAUCAAUUUUAUUUUUAAUUAGAUUAGACAUCAAUCUGCAAUGCUCUCAUCCCAUUUGUCUGUCAGUCAAAUCGUGACGUAAAGUUUUUAUCUCAAUAUCAAAUAAUUUCUGUUAACAAUUAAGUACCUUACUGUGAUUGUUUUCAGUUAAAAUGGUCAAAAAGAAACAAAAAUAGCUUCUUAGCUAACUGCAAUUUCUCAAGCAAGAAUUUUGCUAGGACUGUCUGGGAGUGGUCUGAGAGAGGGGCCUAAUUGGAGGAGCCGAAUGAGAGGGAUGUGCAACCUGAAAACUAGCUGUUAUUGUCAGAGAUGAGGGCAAACUCUCUUUGUUAUUUGGUCUAUGAACUUAUUCAGCCUGGUGAUGUCACUAGGCAGUCCCCAAAAAAAAAGUGCAUUAUCAUAAUGUUCACAAUUUCCCAGUAUUAUUCCAACCUCAUAGUGUGGAAAUAUAUAUAAAACACAUACAAAUCAUGUUUUUGACUGCACCUUUAAUGAAAUUCCUUGAAUUUAUACAUUUCAAUCAGACUAAUUUUGUUGGUCAUUAAUGAUGUGCGUCUGUUCGCGAUGCAGAUGGAAUUACUGGAAGUGAGAAGACAGCAAGAGGAGGAGGAGAGGAGGAGAAAUCCCCCACCUGCAGAGACCCAGACGGACUCUGCAUCGCCACAGCAGAGGUAAGAUAUCAGCAUGGAGCACUAUACUGAAAUAAUGUGUUUGGUCUGUUUGUGUCAUGACUUAUUUAGUGUGUCUGCUCUGUGUCUGUGUUUAGACUGAGCAGGCAUGCUGUAUUCUGGUGUUAUGACUAUCACAGUGUGUUUAUAAAGACUUAAGUAUGGUGUUUGGGGCUGACAGUUUUCUCUGUGUGUUUAUCCUACAGUAUGUUUGAGACUUACUGUUGUCUCUGUGUGCCCCUACAGGGAGGGUGAGAAAGUGUCUCUGAACGGACUGCCAUCGGACCAGGACUCCCCACGGGUUAGUUACCGAUCCCCAGCCUACCAAAAGUACACCAGCUUUCAAACCCGCAGGACUGGGACUGGGGGCGAGAAAGGCGGGUGGGCUGGACCGUGACCCACAACACCUCCCUUGCCCUUUGAACCCCCUGCCCCACACCACAGGGAGAGGACUAUACCCCCCCCCCCCCCCCCCCCCCCCCCCCCACCACCACCACCACCGCCACCACCACCACAAGUGGUUCUGACAGUUAGUUAGUCACACUUAUUCCUCAUUUAGCCUUAUCCUAUUUCCGUUACACUAUACUAAUUCUACCUUGAUUAUUCCUUUUUCUUUUCUAUUUGCAUAAUGCAUUUGAAUGGAAAUGAGCUUUGCUGAUUGCAGUUUCCUUUAUUGGCGGUUUUAUUCACCUAGUCUUAUUUUAUCACAAUGGAUGUUGCAGGACUGAACGUAGAUUAUGUACUAUAUUAUGAGUUGUUUUUGGACAAUCGUACAGUUAUUUAUGCUUUAAUCUUUUUACCUUCAUAUUCCUUCUAACCGACUGGUGCUUUUGUUGAUACCAAUCGAACACUCCACUGAGGACUGCUUAGCACUGUACCUGCUCUGCAGUAACUGAUGAAUGCUAGCUGCAGCUCACCGGAGGUUGGUGGCAUCUGAAUUGGGGAGAACGGGCUCAUGGUAAUGACUGGAGCGGAAUCAGUGUAAUGGUAUCAAAUACAUCAAACACAUUGUUUGCAGGUGUUUGAUGCCAUUCCAUUUGCUCCGUUCCGGCCAUUAUUAUGAGCCGUUCUCCCCUCAGCAGCCUCUACUGCUGCAGCUACAUACUGUAGUAUUAACUGAUAAGAUGUAAGCAGGGCUGAGAUCAAAUGAGAAAGUGGAAAGAAUAUAUUAACCCAUUUUCGAGUUAGGCAACCCUAUUUCAAAAGCAGUACAACAUUUCCAAAAUCAACAUUUUGAGAUUGAGCAAAGGGGGGGAAAAAAUAGUUAUAUAGUUGUAUUGAUAGUAGAUUGACAUGAUCUAUUGACCAAUUGCCUCAAAGAAAGGCAUAAUGGGACACGGAAGCACUACAGCACUACGUAGUCUAGAAUGAGAAUGAGCACAGCGUGAGUGUGUUUGAGUGUGGGUGUGUAUGUACGUGUGUGUCCAUGGGAACAAAGAAGAACACGCCCUCUUUGCCCCCCCCCCCACCCCCCGUGAAGAUUUCUAGUCAUAUAUUUUCUUUAUUUCUUAUAUAACGUCUUUAUUUCCUGUCAGGUUUUUGUCUUUUAUUCCCUAUUUGUCCUUUCCCCUCUGCCUCUCUCCCUUCUUUUCUCUUCUAUCCCUGUUUUUCUUUUUCUCUCUUCCCCCUCUCAGCUCGACACUCCUCUCCUCCUCCUCCUCCUCUCCUCCUAUCUCCAUCCCUGAUGAUAUGACUCUUUGUGUACGUUAUUAUCUACAAACGUACCAUGUGGAACCUGAAUAACUGACAGACAAAAUACAUGGCUUAAUCGUUGCCUCAGUAAUGCAAUUAAAUCGUCUUCUUUAGUCCUCUCAGGUUUCAAAUUGCCCCAGAUCAAAUCAUCCAGGUCUCUUGCAAACUAGAUUUUAUCUCAAUGACUUACCUGAAUAAAUAAAGGUUAAAUAAAAUUCAAGAGAAUAGGAAAUCAAAAGGAGUAAGUAGCUAUCUGCUCCAGAUGUCCAUCCAUUUACAUUACCUUCACGCCCAUCCAUACCACACGUCAUACCACUAUUAUACAGUACCAUCUCAAAUACCAUUUCACUGUAUGAUUCAUUUCACUAUGCUUCACCGUCGUAAUUCUGUUUGUAGGGUUGUUCCAGUCAUAGCGUGUGUGUGUUGAGGGGUGUAAGCACAUUCCAAUUCAUUACGGUCAUUGGGUCUCAGUAGUUCUAUGGUAUCUGCCUUCAUGUUAGCUCUGUGCAUCAGAUCUUCAUUUUAUUCCUGGUUAUGUUGCAUGUUGGUCCACCCUUGAAUCAUUUCAGCGUCCCCACCCCACUAACGCACAUUCCCCAAUAAAACCUUGUUAGAGUCAAUCACUCCCCAUGUAUGUCCUGUUUUUGUUGUCCUUGUGCCGUCUACAAAAUAACCCUGUUUUUGUCCUCAUGUCUUAUGUUGGUAUAUUGUUUUGCAUGUCAUUAACAUGUUGGUAAUCACCUUUCACUUUCAGUGACCACUGUUUUUGUUUUUUUCUCCAUGUGUAUUUUCUAUGUUUUCAUCCUGGGGUUGUUUUAUACACAUUGAUGUACAAUACUUUUUCAUAGAUUUUUCGGUAACACUUUACUUGACACCCAGCGUCAUAACACGUUAUGACACGGUCAUAACCAUGUCAUAAUGUCAAAACAGCUGACAUAACUUAUAGACUUUUUAUAAUAUGGUCAUAACACUGUCAUCACAUAUAUUUAGACCUGUUGUGACAUAUAUUACGUUAUUUUAUGGCUGGUUAUGACACCUACAUAAGAGUGUCAAAACCCACAAAACCUACCACACAAGGCAAAACAUUCCAUUACACCAUAGCCUAUGUGUCAACAGUAUGCUUAUGAUAUAAAUGUUUUUUAAAUGUACCAUAUUAUCAUUGUAAUUGAGCACACAUUGAUGUCAGACAUGCACCUACCCCAAUGCCCUGUUGCUGAUGACUGGGAUGAAUGCAGGAGCAGAUUUCAGGAGCAGGACAAGACACCAUCUUUUUGAUGACUGAUAUCAGGGCAUGUACGUGAUUGGCCUUUCUGGCAUUAUGAUAGUCAUAAUGCUUCUUGACAGUGUCAUAAAGUGUAUUUUCUUAGUCCAAGUAAAGUGACACAGGAUGGUCAUAAUGCUUCAUGACAGUAUCAUAAAGUGUAUGUUCUACAAGUUAUUUAAAAUAUGAUGAAAUAAACAUGACUGUAAAGAAUUCAUAACAACAACAAAGGAUUUAAGAAACAAACUUUCAAACGAAAGGAAACUUAUGGCAGGGAAAAAACUAAUUUGAAUAAAUGUGGGUUUUGACACUUAUGUAGGUGUCAUAAUCAGCCAUAAAAUAACGCAAUAUAUUGUAUGUCACAACAAGUGUCAAUAUAUGGGUAAUCACAGUGUUAUGACCAUAUUAUGACAGGUUAUGACAAGUUAUGUCAGCUGUGGUUAUGGUUAUGACCGUGUCAUAACGCGUCAUAAUGUGUUAUGACACUGGGUGUCAAGUAAAGUGUUAUCGAUUUUUCAUACCAUUUUUUUUAUUUAAUUGUCUUGUAGAUAUAAUUUAUCCAGUAUACUUCUGAUAAUAAAUCUACAGUAUUUAGCUUUUUUGUAAAAAGGCACCCAUCCAAACUGAGGUCACUGUUUGAGCAAUUCUAAGUUUAGUGUGUGUAGUUCUGCAUAAGGUUAAUUUCUAAGGUAACUACAGUUACUGCUAUCAAAGUGAUCCUCCUUCAAGGCAAUCAAACUUUGAGGUGAUCAAACUUAUUUACGUAUUUAUGUAGAGGUAACUGUAUUCAUAUUACAAGCUUGGAGAGUAUAUUUGAGUGAAAAUUAGGGUGCAGAUGUGACCAUUAAUAAUAUAAUUACCUAUAUGAGUGUUAGCCCAAGCGAAAACUAUUUUAGCUUUUACCCUAAACAUCUAACAAAGAGGUGGUGAGAGAUAUCAGUCCCACGUUGCACCAAUCGAACGGUGCAAAACCUGGCAGCGAUGCAGUCCUUCGUGUCCAGUAUUGGUGGUCCAGCCAAUGGCAGGAUCUCUGUAUAAGCAUCCAGGAUUUGUCCAUCGCCUGGCAAGCUCUCAGUAAAAGUGUCCACGAUUGGUCCAGCCUUGAAGAGCUCAGUAAUGGGUAAUAAGUGACAAAUUGUGGGUGUGUUGUGGUAAAAUCUUUUAACCGGCCAAUUUUGCAUUCCCCUUCACUUUAUAAUAAUGAUACCGAAAAUGAAUAAUGAGUUCAAGCAAUUGUGUUAAUUGUUUGGGAUUUUGGACUUCAUCUCCCUUUCGCUGGCUUUCUCUCUCUCUCUCUUCAACAAUAUUUUGUGUGGGUGUGGCAAUGUGGUGUGCAUGUCCUAACCUCUGAUCUGUGCAUGUCUUUGAAAUGUUCUCAGCUGGACUCCGGUCCCACUUUAAUCAAUCCCAUAAGCCAAUGCUCUUUUAAAUCAGUAGGGUCCCAGCUUUUCUCUGAAUCUAUAUAAAUAGAUUUUUACUGCAUCUGCAAAGUCUCCCUCUAACCAUUCUUAGAUGGAUCGGAAUCUGAGUUAGUCAAACAGUUAGUUAGUGUAAGUGAGAGUGAAUCAAAUUGUGAGUUAGUGUAAGUGAGUCAUUUUAGAGGCUGUUAGGCUCAAGAGUUGGAUGGAGUCAGAGAGGUUCAUGAUGAAUCAGUCGGAUUGAGUCUUUGAUCAGAGGGUCAAGUUAGUGUAGAAGUCACAAAAAUCAAGAGUCCCAAAUAGAGGGCACUCAAUGUUGGAGAGCUCGAGUGAGUGGGUUAGAGAUUGGAGUCAGAAAGAGACUUUGAGAUGGAGUUAAACACUUGAUCAGAGUUUCACCUCAGGCACUGAACCUUAAGAGCUGAGACACUGUGGGUGACGCAGAGAUUCAGAGUCAUGAUGUAAGAAUAGCACAAACACUCUGAGAGGUGACUCAGCUCUGGGGUUCAGUGUGUGCCAUUAAUCUUAUGAUGAAGCUGGGCUGUAAUUGUGAAAUAGAGGCACAUAUAACAAUUCGAGGCUGGUGUAAUGGCAUUGUUUUGAGUUAUACAGAUACCUACCCAGAGGCUCUUUUACUCAUCAAAUUGAAAUAAGGAGACAUUGUGAUGAAAAUAUUUAUUUUAGAGUAGAGUAGGCCUAGUCGUAGAGCAUACCCCUUUCUACUUAACUUUACUUGUCUUAAAGCCAUUGUGAUAGAAUAUAGCAAUCAAAGGGAAAGUACUGAAUGUUUCUACACAGCCUCUGAUCCUGCUAUGCAUGAAGCCAACUCUCUGAUUUCCAGCGUCACUGUGUGUUUUGUCUACCUAGCUCCAGCUUUCUCUAAUAUCAGUUUCUGUCUACCCCAGGACAAUGGGGAGGGAAGUGACAUUGUAAAUGGGGUGGCGGAAUCCAGCCCAGGCGGGUCGCCCAGUGCAGCACGCAAGGGCAAGCCCAGCCAGGCUGCCACGCUCCCGGCCAAGUCCCAGGACUCAACCCCAGCCAACCAGUUGGAAGGCAUCCUGCACCGCAAACAUGAGUGGGAGGGUCACAACAAGAAGGCAUCCAGCAGGUACACACAUUCACAUACACUCCCCUAAGUAUUUAUUUGGACAGUGAAGCUAAAGCUUUUACUUUGGCUCUAUACUCCAGCAUUUUGGAUUUGAGAGGUGACAGUACAGAAUGUCACCUUUUAUUUGAGGGUAGUUUCAUAUCUGUUUUACUGUUUAGAAAUGAAAGCACUUUAUGUAUCUAGUCCCCCCAUUUGAAGGUGUCAUAAGUAUUUGGACAAAUUCACUUAUAGUGUAUUUAAUUUAGUCAAAAGUUUAGUAUUUGGUUCCAUAUUCAUAGCACGCAAUGACUACAUCAAGCUUGUGACUCUACAAACUUGUUGGAUGCAUUUGCAGUUUGUUUUGGUUGUAUUUCGGAUUAUGUCAUGCCCAAUAUAUAUUUUUUUUAAAUAAUGUAUUGCAAAUGUUAUUGUAAAUUAAGAAUAGUAUUUGUUUCUGAACAAUUCUACAUUAAUAUGGAUGCUACCCUGAUUAUGGAUAAUCAUGACUGAAUCGUGAAUAAUGAUGAGUGAGAAAGUUAGAUGCACAAAGAUCAUGCCCCCAUGGUAUGAUCCACAUUAAUGUAGAAGUGCUCAGAAACAUAUUCUAUUCUUAUUUACAAUAAGUGACUCCAAAAUUACACAAUACAAAACAUCUGAAACACAACUAAAACAAACUGCAAAUGCAUCCAACAAGUUUGUAGAGUCACAAGCUUGAUGUCAUUGCGUGCUAGGAAUAUGGGUAAAAAUACAGAACUUUUGACAAAAUGUAAUACACUAUAAGUGAAUUUGUCCAAAUAUUUAUGACACCUUCAAAUGAGGGGACUAGAUACAUAAAGCGCUUUCAUUUCUAAACGGUAAAACAGAUAUGAAAACACCCUUAAAUAAAAGGUGACAUUCUGUACUGUCGCCUCAUAAACAUUUGAUCUCAAAUCCAAAAUGCUGGAGUAUAGAGCCAAAUUAAAAGUUUGAGCUUCUCUGUCCAAAUAAAUGCAUGGGGGAGUGUACAAUUAUGCUUACUGGACGUACACACGCAAGUUGGAGCAUACAGCCAAAUACUUCCCCCUUACAAUAAUGCCAACAUAUUAUUUAGCUGAACAGACUCUGAUAACUGUGUUUCCUAUGGUUUCAGAUCCUGGCACAAUGUGUAUUGUGUGAUCAACAACCGGGAAAUGGGCUUCUACAAAGACAUUAAGAGUGCCAGCCAGGGCAUCCCCUAUCACAACGAGAUCCCCAUCAGCCUGAAGGAUGCUGCAUGUGAGAUCGCCCUCGACUACAAGAAGAAGAAGCAUGUGUUCAAACUGAAGUGAGCACUAUUUACUGUAUAGCUCCCUAUGUGUCUUGUAUUAUCAGAAGAUGAGAUCUUGCAUACAGUAGUCAGUAGUUAGCUUGACUUAUUCAUCAAGUUUUUAUUUUCCUUUUACAGAGCUACAGAUGGGAAUGAGUAUCUCUUCCAAGCCAAAGAUGACGUAAGUUUGCUUAGCUUUUAAUUUGUACAAUGUGUAUGAAUGACUAUCCUCCUCCUGUGAAUGUUGUGUAUACAUUGCUGUCUUUAUUCCCUGUCUCUAUGAGGAUAGUGUGGGUGUCUGAGUGUUGAUGUAUUGGUGUGAUCUGUGAUGUGUGUCUGUCCUGAUAAAUCCUGUCUGGGCCGCAGGAGGAGAUGAACUCGUGGAUGCAGGCCAUCUCCAGCGCUGCGUCCUCUGAUAAGACAGAGAUUACCCCCAGCAGCCAUAGCACCCCCACCUCCAGCCGAGCCCAGACCUUGCCCGCCUCUGUCGCCCUGGCAACCGAAUCCAGCCCAGGCAAGCGCGAGAAGGACAAAGAAAAGCGCUUCAGCCUUUUCAGCAAAAAAAAGUAG